AUGGCUUCUGAAGUUAGCCACCACUCAUAUUCUUCACUUCACUUUGUUCUCUUCCCCUUCAUGGCUCAAGGCCACAUGAUUCCAAUGGUCGAUAUUGCAAAGCUUUUGGCUCAGCGUGGUGUGGCCAUAACAAUCAUCACAACUCCUAACAACGCAGAGAGGUUCAAAAACGUCUUACACCGUGCCAUCGAGUCUGGCUUGUCUAUCAACCUGGUCCAUGUCAAGUUUCCACAUCAAGAAGCUGGUUUACCAGAAGGACAAGAUAAUGUAGAUUUUCUUGAGUCAAUGGGGUUGAUGGCAACUUUUCUUAAAGCGGUUAACAUGCUCGAAGAACCGGUCCAGAAGCUAAUUGAAGAGAUGACACCUCGACCAAGCUGUAUAAUUUCCGAUGUGUGUUUGUUUUAUACAAACAAAAUUGCUAAGAGGUUGGGUAUACCAAAGAUCGUUUUCCAUGGCUUUUCUAGCUUUUGUCUUCUGUGUAUGCAUGUUUUACGCAAUAACUGUGAGAUGCUGGAGAAUAUAAAGUCAGACAAAGAGUAUUUCCUCCUUCCCUCUUUUCCUGACAAAGUUGAAUAUACAAAACUUCAAGUUCCUUUGGAUACACAUCCUUAUGGAGAUUGGAAAAUUCUGCUUAGCGAUUUAAAUGAGGCGGAUACAACAUCUUUUGGUGUUAUUGUCAACACAUUUGAAGAGCUCGAACCAGCUUAUGUCAAAGAACUUAAGAAGGCUAGGGAUGGUAAAGUAUGGACCCUAGGACCUGUUGCCUUGUGCAACAAGUUGGGAGCAGAUCAAGCUGAAAGGGGGAAAAAGUCUGACAUUAACCAAGAAGAUUGUAUUAAAUGGCUUGAUUCUAAAGAAGAAGGGUCAGUGCUAUAUGUUUGCCUUGGUAGCAUUUGCAACCUUACCUUGGAACAGCUUAAGGAGCUCGGGCUAGGCCUUGAGGAAUCCAAAAGACCUUUCAUUUGGGUCAUACGAAGCUGGGAAAAGUAUAAUGAGCUAGCAGAGUGGAUCACGGAGAGCGGGUUCGAAGAAAGAAUCAAAGAGAGAGGCCUUCUCAUCAAAGGAUGGUCUCCUCAAAUGGUUAUUCUUCAACAUUUGUCUGUAGGAGGGUUCUUAACCCAUUGUGGAUGGAACUCAACUCUUGAAGGGAUAACCUCUGGUCUACCGCUGAUUACAUGGCCGCUAUUUGCUGACCAAUUCUCCAACGAGAAAUUAGUCGUGCAGGUGUUAAAAACCGGUGUGAAAAUCGGGGUUGAGGAGCCUAUGAUAUGGGGUGAAGAGGAGAAAAUAGGAGUAUUGGUGGAUAAAGAAAGAGUUAAGAAAGCAGUGGAAGAGUUAAUGGGUGAUUGUGAUGAUGCUUUUGAGAGAAGAAGAAGAGCCAAAGAGCUUGGAGAAUUAGCACAUAAGGCUGUGGAGGAAGGAGGUUCUUCUCAUGCUAACAUUACUCUCCUCUUAGAAGACAUUAUGGAACAAGUUAAAUCCAGAAACUGA